CUGACCCUGCGGCCAGGGCGAGAGCACGUACAGUGAUCGGGUUCCAGCGGAGAGAGAACGGCAAACUUGGGACUGUCGAGCCGCAGGUCUGACUGAUACGCAGAAACUCACCACACCUUGGAGCUGGGAGGACCAGAAGCUGGAGUAGCUGCUUUGGAGAUCACAAAUGGCUAGAAGGAAACAACCCUCAGGAAAGAUCACUUGUUGCUGUUGUUACUACUAGCACAGCUGUUUCUGUGACUUGUGUUUUUAGGAGUAUCUCUCAGGAUACAGUCUAGAGAAAAGUCUCCAAAACAAAGUGCCUCAAGCAAGGGAUGGCACUGGCCUUGAUCCACCCUAACAAGCGUGCAUACUCUUUGGCUCCCCUGAAUCUGAAGGAGGAGCUUCAGGGAUUCAAAGUUCAAGGGGACAGAAAAGGCGUUGGGCAGGAGCCAUUGUGCAAACAGUUCAGGCAGCUGCGCUAUGAGGAAAGCACUGGACCUCGAGAGGUUUUACGCCGACUCAGGGAGCUCUGCAGACAGUGGCUGCGGCCUGAGACCCACAGCAAGGAGCAGAUCCUGGAGCUGCUGGUACUGGAGCAGUUCCUGACCAUCCUGCCAAGAGAUCUGCAGGUCCAGGUGCUCGAGCACCACCCAGAGACUGGGGAGGAACUGGUGGGAAUACUGGAAGAUUUGCAGCUGGACCGUGGAAAAGCAGGAGAGCAGAAGGACUCAGCCCAAAAAACCAGACCGACUGUGUUGGUUGCAGUGCCAGCCUUUUACAGAGAAGCACGGGAGCAGCCUGGGUAUGCAGUUCAGAAGCCUGAGGAGAGAGGUAAAGAGACAAGGAGUGAGAAUGGGAAGCUCAUUGCAGGGACAGACUCCUGUGGAAGAGUGGAAGAGACAGACUCCUGUGGAAGGGUGGAAUCAUCUUAUACAGUGUCUGAACCCAUCGAGGCCCAUUGUGAGGACCUGAGCUUGAAAAAGUAUCCAGCCAUGCCCGAGGAGAAAACCAACAGCCAAUGCUUGGAAACUACAGAGAGACUUGUUCAGAACUCAGGCCUGACUGAACAUGACAGGGCACAUACAGGAGAAAGGUCCUGUGACUCUGUAGUGUAUCAGAGUUCUGUUGCUGCUGACCAUCAGGAACUCUCGAAAGAGAAAGGUCACCCUUGCCAAGAGUGUGGUAAAGUCUUUCAGAGAAGUUCACACCUCAUCAGACAUCAGAAAAUCCAUCUUGGUGAGAAGCCUUACCAGUGCAAAGAGUGUGGAAAAGUCUUUAGCCAGAAUGCAGGUCUUUUGGAGCAUCUCAGGAUCCAUACUGGAGAAAAACCCUAUCUGUGUAUCCAUUGUGGAAAAAACUUCAGGCGAAGCUCUCAUCUUAAUCGACACCAAAAAAUUCACAGUCAAGAUGAGCCCCGAGAAUGCAAGGAGUGUGGGAAAACCUUUAGUCGGGCCCUUUUCCUCACCCACCAUCAGAGAGUCCAUGGUCGUUCCAAAAGACAUCACUGUAACGAGUGUGGGAAAGCCUUCAGUUUGACCUCCGACCUUAUUCGACAUCACAGGAUUCACACUGGAGAAAAACCUUUCAAAUGUAAUGUGUGUCAGAAAGCUUUCCGUCUAAAUUCACACCUAGAUCAGCAUGUCAGAAUCCACAAUGAAGAGAAACCCUACAAGUGUAGUGAAUGUAAUGAAGCCUUCAGGCAGAAGUCUGGUCUCUUUCAGCAUCAGAGACAUCACCAUAAAAGCAAACUGGCUUGAUGAGGUUCUCUGUUUGAAAUAUCGGAAUGUUAUAUUGAGAUAAACAAACAGUGCUUCUAAAAAAAAAAAAAAAAAAAAAAGUCACUGCAGCUUCAGUAUUCUUGGAACCCAUUUGCCUCCAUUGUUUUCCUCUCUUGGCUUUACUUAAAGCCAUAAUUAGAGUAUAAUAAUUCUACCCUAAUAGUGAAAUCAGAGUUAAGCAAUUAUUCACUACAGAACUUCUCAGAGCUUUCAAUGUGAUAAGUACAUGAUUAGUUAUCUCUUAAUUAGCUUUAUGUAUGAAUGAAGUCUUUUAAAAUCAGCAAGUCAAGUGCCUAUAGAUUUAUACAGAACAAGAUCAAGCUGCUCUAUUUUUGCAAGUACUGUAGCAACAGGCUCCUAAAAAAUAAAAUUAAUGAAGGUUGGGGAGAUGGCUCAGUGGUUAAAAACCAAGUUGCUAUGCAAGUGUAAGGACUGUUUUGGAUCCCCAGGACCCAUGAAAAGUCAAAUGAGUAUAGUGACCAGCUUGUGGCCUGAGAUCCCACCCCUCAGGUGGCAGAAAGGGGACCUUUAGAGCAAGUUGGUAGCCAGACUAGCCGUAUUCGCAAACUUUGGACUCAGGUGAGAGAGUUUGAAGAACGGUUAGUGGAGUUAUUGAGGAAGACUCCUGAUGAUAAUCUUAAGUGCACAUGUAUCCAUACACACGCACGGUCCUACAUGCAAGCAUCAUACAUAUGAAAAGAAAAAUCCUAAGGAGCUAGAGUGACGAGUCAGCAGUUAGCCCUUCUGCUCUUGCCAAGGACCCAUCCAUUUUCAGUUCCUAGCACCUCCAUAGCAUAGCAGCUCACAACCACCUGUAACUCCAGUUCCAGGGAUCUGAGGCCCUCUUCUGGCCUCAGGCUCCUGUACACUAUAGUCCACAGAAACUGGUGAACCCACACACACUAAUAAUGCUUGGAAAUGCACAUUCUCAAGGGUCUGCUUAACAUAAGUUAACUGAGUAUUUUUUACCUAUUGGGUUCACACACACUGGCUUCAUGUCCACUUUACCCUUGUACCAUCAAUGAAUGCAUUUCUAAAAGCAAAGAUAGUGUUUGCUGUUUGACUGUAAAACCUACCCGUAGGAUUAGCGCAUGUCAUUUUACAUUUCCUACCCAUUUUAACCACAAUAUCACAGUGUUUUAAAUUAUAAAUCAAAGUUUUACUUAAACUAUGCAAGAGACUUUGAGUCAUUUGAAUGAACUGUGUUAAAUUAUUCUAAGCAGCAACUUUCUUACUGGGCAACAUCGGUGCCAGUACAGUGACUGCUUGAAGGACACUUUAAUGAAUGUCUCAUGGAGGAAUAUGGGGUUUUUCCUUUUGAUACAAGUGAUGCAAAUUUAAAUGAUACUUACUUUGAAAUCAUUUUGACCAUUAAAAUCAAAUCAGUCAGCUUGGAGAGAUAAUAAUGGUUGUCAUGUCAUAUUGACUGCCUCGCUAGUGAUGAAAAUAGUAAACGUGGAGUCUUCCCAAGUGCAUCACCAGACUGCUGAACAUAGCUUAUGGCUGGUAAUUGUACAGGGUGUACUUCUCCAAGAAAAGGGCUUCUUAAGUUUUGUCACUUUGGGAAGAUAAGGGGACCCUUGUGAUUACAACUUGGUUUUACUACACUUGGCUUACAAAUAAAUAGCAACUUAGAAAAGCUUAUUUUUCUUGUCUGAUAGAAAAGGAUAGAGUCAGUCCAAGACAGAUCCAUGGUAUCACUAAAUCUGAAUCUAGUCAACUAAUCUAGCCAGUCACAGCUAAGGAGGGGACAGGCCAAGGACUGUUAGGUGCAAUUCUGACAUUAAUCUUCCUUUUCAAGCCCUUUUAGCCAAACACUUAGCUCUGCACAAAAUAGGACCCUCUUCUUCCUUUGUCAACAUUUUGGCCUAAGAUACACUCUAAGCAAAGUUGGGGAAAGCUGCACAGAGGGUCUGGCUGAACCAAGAAGAUCCUCUUUUUGACCUUUUGCCCAUACUAUGCAUGUGAUAGUUGCAACUUCAGCAGUCCUAUGGCCUUAAAAACUGAUGGCAUGGACUAUGGUUAGGUCCUCAACACCACCAAAAUAACAGUGUUAGCAUGCGAUCAGUCUCCUUGAUGCUUAACUCAUGUCCGUACCAAAACGUGCAUGUAACAGGCAUUUGUAACACUUGUAAUUGCUAAACCUCAGAAGAAAGCACCUGUUUUGGAACACGCUUUAUAUUUCUACUGUUGAGCAUACUUUUAUGCAUUGAUUAAUCAUGUGUCACUGUUUGUGUGAAAGUGAUGUUCUUUUCCUGGUCUUUCUCUUAACUUCCCAAUUUUACUCCUAAACAGCAUGGCCCUUAACAAUUAGAGAACUAUCAAAAUUUUAAAUGUACAUUACUUUUUGUCAGUUUGUGUGUGUAGUAUUUACCCAACAAAUAUAUUUAAAGCAACAUAAAAUAUAAUUAUUGAUAGUGUAAAGAGAAUACUUUUCUAUGGAAAUAGUGAUAUUGACAGUAUUGUAAACAGUCUGUAAAGAGUUAAUAUUAAGUUUCAAAGUAAUUUUUGAAUAAAAUUAAAGCUUUUAAAAAUAAA